AUGAUAGGGAGUUGGAAUAUUAGAGGCCUUGAUGGCUUCUCGAAACAACGCGCUGUGCGGAAUUGGAUUUUUGACGCUUCUUUGGGUUUGAUUGGUUUCUUGGAGACUAAGGAGAUUACUUUCAGGGUUACUCAUGUUUCUAAGAGGUUCUCAUUUGGGAUUACUUUUGUGCAUGGUUCUAAUGACCCUGGGAAUUGCCGCAAUCUAGUGGGUGGUGAUCAUGCGUGGUAUGGUUAUAUGGAUGAUUUUGGCCAAUGUAUCCAUGAUGCUGAGUUGAUUGGGAUUCCUUUUACUGGGCUUCGGGAUAUUGUUCAGGCAAUUUGGGACGAGCCUAUUGUAGGCAAUCCUAUGUUCCGUCUUACGCAAAAAUUAGGGUUGGUAAAACGGAAGCUCAAAGCUUUACAUAUUAAGGUUUCCAGUUAUAUCUCCAGCAAGGUAAUUGAGGCUCGGGCUAAGUGGGCAACAGCUCAAGGAAAUUUGGAUCGGGACCCGUUUUCUACUAAGUAUAUCUCUGAGGAGAGGAACCUUGCCAACCAGUAUUUCAGUCUUUGUCGAGAUGAGGAGACUUUCUUUAAGCAGCGGUCUCUUGUUCAGUGGCUGCACUUAGGGGAUCAGAAUACUAAGUUCUUUCAUAAGAUGCUGAUCCAUAGGCAGGAUCUUCUUGUUGCCCCUAGUCAACCUCAGAUUGCAGAGGCUUCCAGGUAUUUUUCUGGCCGCAUUUCUCCUGAUAUGAUUUCUCCAUUGACUGCUCCUAUCACUGAUGAUCAGAUUAGGAUUGCUUUAUUCUCUAUCCCGGAUGAUAAAGCCUCGGGCUCGAAUGGAUUCAUAUCUUUGUUUUUUAAGCGGGCAUGGGAUAUUAUUGGUAAAGAUUUCAGAGAUGCGGUGAGACAUUUUUUUGCUACUAAUGAAAUGCCAAGAUGUGUUAAUGCCACCAGGAUUGCUUUGGUUCCUAAGGUGGAGAGCCCGAGUCGUAUGACGGACUUUAGGCCAAUAUCUUGUUGUAAUGUACUUUGCAAGUGCAUUUCUAAGGUGAUUGUGAAUCGGUUUAAAGUAGUGCUUCCAGAUAUUAUUGGGGUUUCCCAGUCAGCUUUUGUCUCGGGUCGAAGAAUUUCUGAUUAUAUUCUGCUGACUCAGAAGCUUUUGCGGAAUUAUCAUCUUGGGGAGCUUCAUAGUUUUUUUAAGUCCUCCCGGGGUGUGCGGCAGGGGGACCUUCUUUCUCCUUACCUUUUUGUGUUGGCUAUGGAGGGGUUAGCUGGUAUUUUUCGGGAAACCUCUCACAGCCCUGGUUUUCAUUAUCAUUGGAGAUGUAGGCAGACAGCUAUUACUCAUUUGUGUUUUGCGGAUGAUUUGAUGGUGUUUUGUAGAGUAGAUGGUUCCUCUGUUAGCUUGAUCAAAUCGGCCUUGGAUUAUUUUGCUAAGGUUUCUGGAUUAGUGACUAAUGCAGAGAAGAGCCAGUUGUUUCUUUCUGGAGUUACAGAUGAGGAGCAGAUUGGGUUAAAGUCUAUCAUGGGUUUCCAGUUGGGCCAGUUACCGGUAAGAUAUCUAGGGGUUCCUCUAAUCUGUACCCGCCUUCGACAUUCUGAUUGUAGGCCUCUGUUGGAGCGAAUUCUCUCUCGGAUUAGGCUAUGGACGUUGGCAUCUUUGACUUAUGCAGGCCAACUACAGUUGAUAAAGCCGGGUACUUCUUUGUCCCCUUCUGGUGCUAAGGUUGCAUGGUCUUCUGUUUGCUAUCCAUUGACGAAGGGUGGCCUGGGGAUUAAAAGGAUCCAAGAUUGGAAUAGGGCGGCUAUUCUUAAACACGUUUGGAGGCUACUUACUGAUAGAUCUUUUAUAUGGUCUUCUUGGGCCCGUUUGGUUCUCCUCUAUGGUCGGUCCUUUUGGCAUAUCCGAGUUACUUCUAGGGCUUCAUGGGCUUGGAGGAAGAUUUUACUUAGCAGGGUUUGGUGCCGGGGUCUUAUUGUGACUUGUAUUAGAGAUGGUAGGGACAUCAUGUUAUGGCGAGAUCACUGGCUUCCGCAGGGUCCUCUGUGUGACUUGCUCCCUUUUAGAACCUUGACUUCCACUGGUUUGCCGUGGGAUGCUCGGGUUUCAGACAUUAUUCGGGAUGGUUUGUGGGACUUUCCUUUGGGCAAUACAGACCUUCAACAUAUCUGGGACUCUAUUACAAUGCAGCCUUCAGCGAGUCAUCCUGACCAUCUUGUGUGGAAGGGCCAUCCAUCUGGACGUUUCUCUAUUGAUUUAGCCUGGAAUGUGUUACGAGACAAACGGGAUGCGAACUCAAUUCAUCAUCUCUUGUUGUUUCUCGGAUCAGCUACAGAGACCCAUGACCAUUUGUUUUUCAGCUGUGACUUUUCUAGUUAUGUUUGGCGGGAGCAUUGUAGCUCUUGCAGAGAUAUUGUCCUAGCUAUUUGUGAUCUAGUUCGGGCUAAGAUUUUGGGUCUGGCACCUAAGUACGAGAUCUCAACUCAGCUCCGUGUGAUAUGGCAUCUUCCUGAUUAG